AGAAGUAAAAAAAAAACAGCUGAUCAUUAGGCAAAACAUAACCACUAUUUAAAUUUUAGUGUCAAGAAGAUUUACACUGUUUACUAACAAAACAGACACAUCAUGUAAAUACCAGUCUCAAAAUCAUGCUUGUACCAAAAUAUACUGUUAAAACACAAAAAUUGAGGUUUUGAAGUGUAUGUCAAUUUAUUUCAUUAUUUUAUUAAUAAGUGUGGAAUAAAUUUGCUCUAAAUAGGUUGUAAUUGCUUGUUAUAAAAUUUUUCUUUGCUUGGUGAUACUCUAUCUGUAUCCUGUUUUAUCAGGAAACAUUUUGAAAAGUUUGAACCAGUUCCUGUUUCAAGGAAUUUCUCCAAAUGGAAAUUCAAUUAUGAUUGUAUGGUCGAUGUACGGCUUCAAAGAAGGUAUAAGGACCAUUCAUGACUGAGACAAACAUUCCUUUCUGAUGUAAUGGAUAAAUUCAAUGUUGAGAAAGACAACAUUUCAACACCAAGUCAAGGUGGAAGGAACCUACACACUUACACUCCAAGGAGCCAUGAAGACUUGUUAAGGAGCCAUUUACAACUAGAUGCUGCAAGAAAUGCAAAAUUACAAAAUGAUCUGCAGCGGUUGGCUGCAGAGAACAACGUUCUUCGGAUGGAGCUAAACCAAGCCCGCCACGAUCUUAGGAAUAAAGAUGAGGAAAUUGAAGCCUUGUACAUCAAACUUAAGAGGCCCAGGACACCUACCUCUCAGCUGCGAGUUGAUCAGUCUUGGAAACCAGACACAGUGUUUGAGGUAGAUGGUAAACUAGUAACAUUAGAGAAACUGAUCAGCCACUUCAAUGGUGUGAUUCAGCGUCAUCAUGAUCUAAUAAAUAAGAAAAAUAUACUCAUACGUCAACUGCAGGAUGCUCUGAAAAAUCAACAGCCAAUCCAAUCAAGAACUACUGAAUCUUUCCAACACCGAACUGAUGAAGCUCUGUCACACAAUCUCAUGGUUUGUUGAGAAUAAUUUUCUUUUAUAGAACACACCCUGUAUGUUAAUUUACUGAGAAUAA